GAACGGCAAUGGAAAAGAAUGCUAGAUACUUUCUCUAAGAAUGGCAAAUUUGUCAACCGCAUUUCAACUUUUAAUAUGAAUGACUGCAUGCAUGGAUUCUGCUGUGGCUUUACAUUGAUGACUUCUGAACUCUGUGCAAACCCUUGGAAGGGAAAGCUCCUUAGGUAUGGUGAUAAUCCUGAGAUUGUGAGCAUCGAAGGGGAUGAUCUUGGAUCAAGGAUAAAUUUUUGUAGACUAAAUAAUGUUGUGAGCCCAAAAGGAGAUGAUAACGAUACUAAACAAUGGAGACUGCGGCUAAUAUCAUUCUUGGAUAAAAUUUUGGAAACUGCAAUCGACUUGAAUGUGAGCAAACAGGAUAUGAUUAAAAGGGUUUUUGUGUUUGAUGGUACAGGCCUUGAUUUUAGAAAGAUUUGGCAAUAUGAAGGCUGUUGUAGCUCUUGUGUUUGUGGCAGCAGCAGUAACUAUGAAGCAAUGAGGGAGAAGUUUAAAAGGAAUGGCUAUGUUAUGCCAGAAACUGUGCAUUGGGAUGUGAGUAACUAUGGAUCACCAGUUCCGGCAGUGCUCUCAGUUGAGGAUGGUCUAACACACAUAAGUCGACCCCUGGAGACAAGUUUCAGAGGUUUCUUGGAGGGAGAUGGAACCUUGAAUUUAAGGGCUAUGAUGGAAUCAGAGAUUUGCAGUGCAGGUGAUCCAGAACUUUUAGUGCUGGACUAAUUUUAUUUUAUUUUGUUAUUCUCCUUUUUAGCUAGACAAUCAUAUAUUUUAGUAGUGUUGGUAAUUUUCAUUAUCUAUCCUAAUUUACUUAGGUUCUAUGGAUUAUGUCUAA